AUGAGCGCCAUGUCUUCGAGCGACACAGCGUCCGAGAACAAAGGGCCUUCAAUCGUGGCGGCUGUUUCGACGGUAACUGCUCUCAGUACUGUUUUCGUCGCUGCACGAGUAUACACAAAGGCAUUCAUCGUCCGCCAGCUUCAUCUUGAUGACUAUCUCAUCGUGCUUUCUGUUGUUGCCAUCAACAAGAUCUGUGGCUGGCUAUCGGCAGGCUUUUCUAUCGCAGCAGUCCAAUCCGGCAAUGGACGACAUUUCGACACCCUCACACUGGAGCAAAAGUCCGGUGCGAUUCUUUAUACGAUGGUUGGCUUUAGUCCAGGCGUAUUCUCAUUUGGGUUACCGAAGCUCUCCGCUGUGGCGCUGUUGACACGCAUCCUGAACCCCAGCAAAGCACACAAGAUCUUUCUUUGGGUCAUGAGUUGCACUUGCGUCGUGGCUCUCUCUAUCUGCAUUGCGCUGCUUUUUGGACAGUGCACGCCAUCAAGGGCUCAGUGGGAUUUCUCUAUCACAGAGAAGACGUGUUGGAGUCCAUGGAUUCUAGUGCAUUACUCCAUGUUCGCGGGCUUGUUUUCCGCGGCGUGCGACCUGUACCUUGCCGUCUACCCUGCCAUCGUCCUAUACAAAUUGCAGAUGAACAGAAAGAAGAAGAUCGUCCUUAGCGGUGCGCUCGGUCUAGGUUCAAUCUCUACCAUUGUGGCAAUAUAUAAGACAACGCGUCUCCCAUCGCUUGCUAGCUCCGACUUCUCCUAUGAUACAUCUGACUUGGUCGUUUGGACAUGUACUGAGGGUAGCACUAUUAUAAUCGCCACAUGUAUCCCGGUCUUGCGACCCCUCGUCGAUCUCGUCUUGGGCCGCGAUGUCUUUGGUUCCUCAAGAGACCGACGCAAGUACAAGAACUACGGAAGCGAAAGAAGUGGCAGCAACACACAUCCCAACAACAUCGAGCUUGGUUCCAAUCGCCGUGCCUUUGGGCACUCGGGAAGUUACAACGACCCGACCAUGCUGACUGAGUGUGACAAAGUCGGCAGUCAAGAGAGUAUUCUGCCAUUGGAUGGGCCGAAGUCUUCACAGCAUGGUCAAGCCAAUGCCAUUGUUCGCACACAAUCGGUGAUGGUUUCCUACGACGAAAACGAACAACACCCGAAAAGUCAUAAUUGGCCCUGA